AUGCUGGCGGCAUCCGUAUCGCGACCCCGCGUCGUCCUCGGUGGGAGACGCGCGAGGACCAAGACGUCGGCGCCGUCGCGGUCCAUCGUCAAGACCCGGGCGGCCGGCGCUGGGGACGGCGAGUCUGGCGGGCCGUCGCUGGUGCCCGCCGAUGCGGCAGACGGUUUGCGACGGUACAGGGCGGUGCUCGGCCCUCUCUUCCUCGCGGGGGGGUUGCUUCACGUCCCGGACGUGUUCGGCGCCGGGCCGGUGUCCGCCGCGUGCGACGUGGGCUCCUUCGCGGAGCUCACGACGCCGCUCAAGGCGCUGACGCUGCUGUGGGCGGUGGGCGGUCCGAUCACGGCGACCGGCCUGUUCUCGGGGACCUUCCUCGGCGACGUCGGCGUCACGGUCAUCGCGAGCACGGAGAUCGUCCUGGGGAUCGAUUUCCCGGAUCUCAUCGCGCCCGCGACGCUGCCCGCGCCCAUCGUCGCGGCUCAGUGCGUCAACAUCGCGUCCCUCGUGGCGCUGCGGCUGUGGGAGACGGCGGAGAAGAGGGCGAACGAACGACGAUGAGUCCCGCGCGUGUCGUCGACGACGAAGAGUGUGACGUAACAACGAGUGCGUUCAAA